GCAUGUACAGUAUAACUGUGCGUCUGCACAAGUGAAAGUCUAGACUGUAAAAUGUAGACAGAUCUCUGAUCAGAUCCUCACUGCUGCAUUAUUCUGCUCACCCUCCAGUCUCAUACUCACACACGCUGUUGUAAAUCAUUGUGUGCUCAGUCAGUUUUUUAUUGAAAAUAGAUUUGAUACAUGAUGGUGGUCAUGUGAUUGAGUGAUGACAUGGAGCGACAUUCUCUAUUCAUCCAAAACCAAUGGAGCAGAUACACUGCACUGCCCUUCAUGUUAGACAACAGCCAGCUUCAGUGUUCGAGGCACGUCGACUUGCAGUUUGUUUCUUUCCACAAGAGGGCGCCAAUGCAAAAGAAACGCCAUCAAUAUGUCGCUAAACGAUGGAUCUGUCAAGGUAUAAUUUAAGUGACAAUAAACAUCAACUGCGUUUCUCUUUUAAAUGAUGUGAGUGACACUUAGUGACAGUGAGAUUUAAAUAUAUGUAUUCAUUUAUUGUUACUUUAAUGUGGUCAGUUUAUCAGUCUACUCUGUCCAAUGUGCCUUGUUUAGGUCCUCUGUGUUGGACAGGCUCGGUGAGUGUCCUCGGUGUCUGAACGUGGCUCUGCAGUUCUGUGGUGUUCUGUAGCGGGGCGGGGCUGACGGUGAACUCUCCUACACAAAGAGCGGAAACCAAACAAAGCCAGGAAAGCUGACAUGAACCCGGGACUCGCUGCUUCUACUGCAGCGCACCAGCAUCCAGAAAGCAGGGAGGCACCGGAGGCUUCAAGACCGCUGAGGCCUGCUGCUGCAGGCACAGAGAGAGAGAGAGAGCAUCUUCGGGUGAGGGUGAGACAGCAUAACGCAUUUCACAGUGAUCCAUGCAGAAGCUGUAGUGUUGACUCCUGCUGAAUCUCGAUGAUGAACGAGAGUCGGUGCAGCGUGGCGGACUGUGCGGUGGGCGGUGUCUUCUCGGUGGAGGGGCUGCCGCCGCUCCCUAAAGGCCUAAGCGGCAUCCUGAACUCCAGCGGCGGGUCGUGGCGGGACAUCGAGAAAGUGCAUAGCAAGAGAGCGCGCAUCCAGGCUGACAUCAGCCGGGGCGGCGGGGACGAGCCGCGCAGCCACAGCAAGCCCGGUGGACUGGACGCUGCUCUGGCGCUGCUGCGGAAAAAGAUGGUGGGUCUGCGUCAGCUCGACAUGUCUCUUUUUUGCCAGCUGUGGUCCCUCCACGAGGCCAUCCAGGAGUACAAGAGCUCCUCGCUGAUGCCUGAUGCCUCGUUCAGUGCUGAUAAUGGAUACUCUGAUGAGGAGGAGGAAGAGAAUGAUGAAGUAGAGGAUGAAGAUGAGGAAGAGACAGGAGUUCUCUCACAGCCUUCUUCUUCUCCAUCAUUUUCUCUGCCCCCACCCAGCAGCAACACCAGGGAUCAGUGGGUCAGGGACUCCUUUCAUUUUGCCCGAUGAAGAUGCAGACACAGGCUCCAUGAAGCAUGGUUGAUGUCUCUGACUGUCCCAUUAGACCCCAUUUACACUAAGUGCCAUGCAUCUCUGUGGCAUAUUCUUUUGAUCCUGUUGUCCAACUAAGAAUUUAUUUGACAUUCCAUUUUUGUGUUUUGACAAAAUGAUGGGGUUUUGAGAGAAACUGAUAACACAAGAGCUAUGACUUAUGCAUGGUCUUUGCAGAUCUUAAUAUCAGGUUUGAUAUUCAGCUUCAGUACACAAUAAAUUGCAAUCGGAUUAGUUAAUGAAGCAUUAUUACAUUAUUACGCCUAUAGUGGAUCCUGACCAUGUUGUAAAUGUCUGGAUUUGUACAGAUACAACCACUUUUUUACUUUUUUCUGUUGGCUCAGAAAAACGUGACUCUUUCCAUACAGAGUAGGUCUACUGUACUCUUUAUAAUAUUAUCUACAGAGACCAAUAAUUCCACCAUGAGCAAACACUUGGUGACAGUGUGGAGGAAAAACUCCCUUUGAAAUUCAACAGAAGCCAGCUCAUGGUGGACUGCCAACUGCCACUGCAAUUUCAGGAUUGAUGGGUAAUCCAGUUUUUUUUUUAUUAUUAAACAGGGUUCAAAUGGAGCACCUGGCAAGAACACAUUAUUUUGGGCAGAUAGAAAAGUGAUGAUUAUACAAGGUAUGGCUGGGUAAAUUGAAAGAGAAAGGCUGUUCCCUCAUCCUCAUACACAUACACAUAUACAGUUUUUAUUACCACUGUACAGUUUUUCCUGGCUGUCGGCAAAUCAAAUAAAAGCAAAUCAAAUCUUUAAA